GUUGUUGUUGUUGAGGUUGUUGUUGUCGCUUGAACUCUUGACGCUCUUUGACAUUGGAUUCCUUCCAAUGUUCUAGUUCAAUUUAAGAAAGCACACGUGCUUCAUUACUGCAAAUGGAUUUGAUAUGCAGUCGUGUGUAAAUAAAUUGCUGUAGUUUAUGUUUACAAAAAGAGUGAUGUCUACAAAAGAAUACACACUUGAAGUAAAAAAUGAUGGUGGUGCCAUAUUCCUUGUAGACGAUUGUGCAGUUGGCAAUGACAAAGAAUGCACACACCAAGAAGGAGAUGUUGAUGAAACAACAGCAGCUGAUGCUCCUCCUGUUACCAUAGAAGCAGAGACUCUGGUACCUGAUGGGGGUUAUGGCUGGAUGAUAGUGCUGGGAUCAUUUCUAAUACAUGUCUUGAUGGGUGGCUUUGAGCGUUCCAAUGGUGUCCUUUAUCUCGAGUUUCUGGAUCGAUUUGGCCGUUCUGCCACUGAGACAGCCUGGGUCCUGUCGAUUUUCUCAACAUUACGUUUGGCGUUGGGUCCCCUGGCCAGCACGCUGUGUAAUAAAUACUCCUGCCGUUUUGUUGUUAUGCUCGGCUCUAUCAUAUGCAGCAUUGGUAUACUGUUGUCAGCUUUCAUGCGUGACCUUCGCCCUCUGUACAUCACGUAUGGAAUACUCGGUGGUGUGGGACGCUCAUUUACUUACACACCAAGUCUGAUUAUCGUUGGGUACUAUUUUAACAAGCGUAGAGGAUUGGCCGUUGGAUUGGCCACAGCUGGUGUUGGUGUCGGUAACUUUGUUUUUCCGCCCGUGAUCGAGCAGAUGUUCGAAUACUAUAGUUUUCAGGGCACGUUCCUCAUACUCGCAGCUAUCACCUGCAAUUUCUUUGUAUGUGGUGCGAUGUUCCGAUCCCUUGAACUUCAUCGACAGAUUAUGAAAAAUGAUAGGAUAGCAAAAGAGAGGCAGGAGUUUCAACAGAAUGGUGAAGUUGUCAGCAGUGUGUUGCUAAAAAAGAAAACGAGCAUAUCUUCAAGUGAAAACAAACUAAGUUCUAAUAUCAAACCCGAAAAUAGAACAUCAUCAUUUAUUCAGAGAAAAUUUUCUCAAGUAAAACUUGCCUUAAAAGGAAAUCAAACCCAAACAGGAGCAAAGAAGCCUCUGUUGGAGUUGUCUUUGUUUCGAAACUUUGGUUUCACUGCACUUUGCUUGCAGUUAUUUCUUUAUACUUUAGCAUUUAACUUGACUUUUGUCUUUUUACCGGCUUUGGCCAGAGAAAAGGGAAUUUCUAAGAUCGACGGUGCUUUACUUUUGUCAAUUUUAGGAAUAUUUGAUGCAAUUGCAAGAGUUGUCAUGUCAACAGUAUUAGAUCUCAGACAUGUAAAACCCUAUCGUCUAAUCAUCUACAAUGCUGUGAUGUUUCUGAAUGCUAUAAUAGCAAUACUAUUGCCUUCAAUGACAAAGUUUUGGCACUUUGCCAUCACAUGUUCAUUGUUUGGGAUUCUGUCAGGAACCUACAUAUCCCAGAAAUCGGUGGUUGUUUUGGACAUUCUAGGCGUGGACUCCCUUGCAAGCUCAGUAGGAUUGCUACUGUUAUUCCAGGGCCUUAGUGCGUUGAUUGGACCAACUGUUGGCGGUAUGCUCAAGGACUUACUUGGCAGCUAUGACAUGGCGUUUUACUUCGGCUCCAUAGGCAUCAUUCUUGGGGGGUUUAUGAUGAUGAUGGGAAACAUAUGGAUAUAUCGACAGAAAAGACAUGCAAGGAAAGGAAAAAAAGUUGCCAAAAAUUCUAAAAAUGGACAUGCAUAACUUUUAGCUCACAUUAUCAUGACUUGAGUUUGAAACUGGGUCAUUUUUGGUCAAACACAAAUCACUGAAUCAAAAGGAAGAAAAAACAGUGAACUCCUACUAAAGUUUUGUGGCCAAUCAUUACAAAACUUGCUAAGAACAUUAUUAGCUCACCUCGUGAGCUAUAUGUCUAUUCGUCUGUGUGCAACCUUUGCUCGUGUGUUUGUGUUUGUCCAUUAACGUUUUUUUCAAACGACAUCUCUUCCUGAAGCGCUGCCGAAAAUCUUCAAAAGUCUUCUUGUAUGGUUGCAAAUCCUUUGUUUUUCUUAUGUUACAUACUGUGUAAUAAAGAGAUCCUCUUAACUUUCAAAUCAUAUUCUGGGGUCAUAGUGGCUUCAGCAGUUUAUACACUUAAAACGUUUUAUAGUUUGAAACCACACAGUGCAUGGCUUUAAUUGUUGGUAUGUAAUGGUAUCAUCAUCUAGAGGUCCUUUACAAACUUCUUUCAAAUUAUGUCGCUUGGGUCUAAGCUGAUCAUGCACCAAGGGACACAUAUGUAAUGGGCAUAAAGCAAACUUAUUUUGAUAAUCGUAUCCACAACAAUCACAAUAGUUUUGAUAUAUAGUAUGUAACAUCAGAAAGUGGACCUCUACAAAGAUUGUUUAAAGUCUGUGCCUGGGAUUAAAAGUAGCCACGC